AUGGGGCAGCUAUGGGACCACCUGUGUUCUCAGACAGAUGGGGCAGCUAGGACCACCUGUGUUCUAGACGAUGGGCAGCUAUGGGACCACCUUGUUCUCAGCGAUGGUGCAGCUAUGGGCCAUUGUUCUCAAAGAUGGUGCACAUGGGGGCCCCUGGUUUUCGACAGAUGGUGUACACAACAGUUGUACGGGUGUACACAGCAGCUGUACAUAACAGCUGUACAGGUGUACACAACAGUUGUACGGGUGUACACAGCAGAUGUACAGGUGUGCACAGCUGUACAGGUGUGCACAACAGCUGUACAGGUGUGCACAACAGCUGUACAGGUGUGCACAACAGCUGUACAGGUGUGCACAACAGCUGUACAGGUGUGCACAGCUGUACAGGUGUGCACAACAGCUGUACAGGUGUACACAACAGCUGUACAGGUGUGCACAACAGCUGUACAGGUGUGCACAACAGCUGUACAGGUGUACACAACAGCUGUACAGGUGUACACAACAGCUGUACAGGUGUGCACAACAGCUGUACAGGUGUGCACAACAGCUGUACAGAUGUACACAACAGUUGUACAGAUGUACACAACAGUUGUACAGAUGUACACAACAGUUGUACAGAUGUACACAACAGUUGUACAGAUGUACACAACAGUUGUACAGGUGUACACAACAGCUGUACAGAUGUACACAACAGUUGUACAGAUGUACAUAACAGCUGUACAGAUGUACACAACAGUUGUACAGAUGUACACAACAGCUGUACAGGUGUACACAACAGCUGUACAGAUGUACAUAACAGCUGUACAGGUGUGCACAACAGCUGUACAGGUGUACACAACAGCUGUACAGAUGUACAUAACAGCUGUACAGGUGUGCACAACAGCUGUACAGGUGUACACAACAGCUGUACAGAUGUACAUAACAGCUGUACAGGUGUACACAACAGCUGUACAGAUGUACAUAACAGCUGUACAGAUGUACACAACAGCUGUACAGAUGUACACAACAGCUGUACAGGUGUACACAACAGCUAUACAGAUGUACAUAACAGCUGUACAGGUGUACACAACAGCUGUACAGGUGUACACAACAGCUGAAACAGGUGUACACAACAGCUGUGUUGUCUGCAGUAUUGUGAGAGAGAUGACAGGUGCCUGGCGGAACACCUGCUGCGACUACUACAUCAUCCUUGCCCAGAACCUGCUGGAGCUGAGUGAGCUGCUGGACUCUGACGACGAUGCCUGGGACUGGCAGGGACGGUACGUCAUGUUCUCUCUGUCAUCUUCACUUGAUCUUCAGCGUAUAGCAACGAUGUACAAGCUGCAGAAAAUGUCUCAAGUUCUCUUCAUCAUACCAGGAGUCAGGGAGGGAGACCUCGCAGUCUAUACUAACUGGCUGUAUGGACACACUAACCUGCACUUUCUCACAUGCUGGAGAGGCUUCUCCUUCCUCAAGAAAGUUGAUUUUUUCCCCAAUAAGGUGGGUGACCUGGGUGGCCAGAAAGUGCUGGUGCUGGCGGUGGACCACGCUCCCUCUGUCUUCUCCAACGUUGACCGUCAUGGACUCUUCAGCGUCUCUGGCCUCGACGUCAAGGUGGUGCUGGCGCUGGGAGAAGCUCUCAACUUCACUGCAGUCUUCUCCAGUCCAGGACCUGACAUGUGGGGGGCGCUGCUCCCCAAUGGUACCUACACCGGCAUGGUCGGCCAAGUACACCGGGAUGAGGCUGAGAUGGGCGUGGGUAACGUGUUCCUGACGGAGGAACGAGCCAGGUUCAUCACCUUCUCUGCGCCCUUCGACUUCGAAAGAGCUUGUUUCAUAACGCCGGCGCCCCGUCCCUUGCCAGCCUGGAUGGCUCUAUCCUUCCCCUUCACCACACACGUCUGGAUCCUGCUCUUGGGUUGUGUGUUGGGACUGACAGUGCUGGUGCCAGUGAUGGGGCUGGGACUGGAGGCUCCAGACCACCAGGAGUUACACUCUCCCUCCUCUGCAUUCCUCGUCAUUCUUGCCUUCUUCUGUAACCAGUCAGCGCGACACCCAACGCGUACACCCAUGCAGGUGUUGCUGGGGAUGGUGAUGGUGAGUGGGUUCGUGGUGACCAUCUACUACUGCAGUAACCUGACAGCCUUCCUGAUGGUGCGCACGCUAGAACAACCCUUCACUUCCAUCACACAGAUAGUGAAGAGUGAGCUUCAGGUGGGCGGAUACAGUGACUUCUGGUCAGGUAUCUUCCAGGGUUCAGCCAACCCCGACGUCCGCGCCCUCUCACGCUACUUCCUACACUUCCACAACGUCACCAAGUUCCUUCAGGAGGUACUGUCGAGGAAAGGUGUCCUACUGGAGAACCUGCAGCACCUCGAGUACCUGAAGAAAACCUACCUCACCAACAGUGUGGGUCAGCCUUCUGUCAGGCUCAUGUUGGAAGAGUGCAUCAAUCCCUUCGGUGUCGGCAUUAUGCUCAAGAGAAACUCCCCGCUCAAGCCCUCCGUUGACCAGGUUAUCCUGCGGCUGCGUGAGGGAGGACUGGUAGAGAGAUUCUUCCGGGAGGUGCUACAGGAGAAGCGAGGCCCAACACCCACCCACCUUCACCUCUACCCUGACACUGCAGCUCCUGCAGAAAGAGUCCAAGCUAUUACCCUAGAGCACCUUCAGGUUCGCUGCCGAGUCCCUCACUCUGUGUUUGUUCGUCACGAGAGUGACACGAUUCUCAUGACAUGA